UAUAUCUAUAUAUGUAUUUAUUUUGUGUAAAUAUUAAUAAUGAUAAAACUGCUUAGGCUUAGGAAAUAAGCUGCUCCAUUCUCAAUACCUGUGUUUUAAGAAUGUUUUAUUUGUGAACAUUUUUGCUCUUAGUUCUCAACAUUAAUUUAGUGAAUUUACCAUGAUAAAUUGUUUUUUGUUCUGUCAAGUUGAAAAUGUCUGAAGAUUUAAAGAAAUAUUUAUAUCGUCAGUUGAGCAGCAUCAGUGGUUUAUGUGCAAUUGUUGUGUCUGACAGAGACGGAGUUCCUGUUCUAAAGGUGAACAACGAGAAAGCUCCUGAAUUUGCCUUGAGAUCUGGAUAUUUGAGCACCUUUCCUCUUACAUCUGAUCUAUCUGGAAAGUUAGGCUUUGGGAAAAAUAAUUACUUUAUUUGCUCCUACAGUAAUUAUACAGUUGUCCAUUUUAACAGACAACCACUGACACUAAGCUUCAUUGCAAGCAGCUCAGCAAACACAGGUCUUAUACUUAACCUUGGAGAAGAACUUAAAUUAUCUUUGGACGGUUUGAAGCAGAUUGUUAAGGAUUAACAAUGGAGCUUACAUCUGAAAACUCCUCAGAAAACAUUCCACCAGCCAUACGCCCGUGUAAAACUGUUGUUGACCAAGUUAAAAACACCCUAAGUUUUCUUCUCACAUCUGCUGUUAACUCAAUUAAAAAAGCAGAUUCAGAAAAAAAUGAGAUUCCCGUCGAAAAAUCGUCUUCUGUGGAUAAUCCACAGAUCUUAGCUAGGAAAAAUAAAAAUCUCGGGGAUUCCCCUAAAGUGGUAUCCAGAAGUGAGAAGCUGAGAUCUAAAGAAGCAUUUCAAAAACGAGUAAAAUCUUUUACAUUGCAGAACUGGUGUGGAAAACCUCUCCUACUGAACCCAAUGUUGUACGCACAGUAUGGUUGGCGCUGUAGUGGUGAAGAUAUGGUGUGUUGUUCAUCCUGUGGUGCUGUACAGUGUGUUCAACUUCCAUGGCCCAAUGCAACUAACUAUGAAGAGCAAUGUUUGAAAACUCGUUCGAAAAUAGUGAGUGGGCACAUGAAAGUAUGUUCGUGGUCGAGCAGUUAUUGCAAUGAUUCCUUCAUAAUACCAUUUCAUCCACGAUAUUCAAACACACAGCAACAAACUUGUAUGUUGGAGGAAUUCCAAGCACGGGCAAAGAAAUUGCUGCAUUUAAAAAAUGAUCUCCCUUUAAUAACAGACGAUGUAAAGGAAGAAAUGGAACUGUCAGAAAAGAUAUUGGUUCAGCUUUGUGCGGCAGCUGAUUUUAAUGAUAAUGAUGACAUUGAAAACUUGAUGGUGGUGUCUUCUAUUAUUCUUGCUUUAUCUGGAUGGGAUACAAAGUCUGAUGGAGAUUCUUCAAACCCAGGAAUCUUUUGCAAUGAGAGCAGUAGGUUGGUUGGCCUGUGGAAUUUUUACUCUGUUGGAUACUUGCCUAAUGAAACAGACGCUCCUGUUGCUAAGAAACAAAAGAAAGAUGAAGAUUUCACUGCGAUUGAAAAGAGUUACUUUCAUCCACUCAAGCAACACCAUGUAUGGUCACCUUGGGUGGUUACUAUCAAACCAAUGUCAGCAGAUGAACUUUCUGAUGAAAGAACAAGUGCAACCUAUACUGAUGACGACGUGUUACCUGGUUGGAAAAUGUUGAAAAAUUUGAUCUGCAGUGACGGGUUAACAACAUCUAAACCAACCAUGAAAACUCCACCAAGAGCUGCAGUUAAACAAGCAAGGAGAAUACUGAGUGAAUGGUCAUCACCAAUGUAGAUGGAUGUGUGGCUGAAAACUGUUAAUACCUGUUGUAUAUUGUUCAUUGUCAUAUCAUACCCUGGUAUUUAAAUCUGGGGCUUCGCAAUAAAUUUCUACUGACUUGA